AUGAAGGACCUUAUGAAAACGUGCGGAUUCAAUUGGCGGGUGACUUUUGAGAAAGAGCUUCACCUAUGUGAAACCGCUUGUCAAUCAUUGUUGGAUUUCAGGAAGGAAAACAGAGUGCGCCGCAUUCUGGAUUCCACCCUGAACUAUAUCGGACUUUCUAAUGUUGUCGGAUACGAGGAACCUACCUUGCCAGGCUGCAAUGGACCCCUGGGUUUGUUGGUGAGGAAAAAUCUUCACUUUGACCAGGGUGCCGCAGCCCACCAGGUUCUUCGAAAGGUAGAUCAAUAUCUAUUUUGGCCCAAGAUGCUAAUGUUUCUUACCACCAUCUACGUCACCGUGCUCAUCGCCAAAGGUGUGAUGAGAACUGUUGGAGAGAAGCUAGUGACUUGGAAUAUGGACUGGAAAGAAGAAGUGGAGAACGUAACUGAAGUCAUCUCGGAAUACCCUAUCGGAGGAUUCACUGAAAACCCUGACACAGAUGUGAGUGUGGUCGUCUUUGAGGAAGAAAGCCUCGAAUUAUCCCCCUGUGAGACAAUGGCGAUCAUUGAGGCCCCAUCUGAAGAAAACGAAGAUCUUGCAGUGUGUUAUCAGCAGGACUUCAACGAGACAGAGCAGGAAGACCAACAUGAGGACGUCGAGGAACCAGCAAUCGAAAUCAAAGAACAAAAUCAGGAAGCUCCUGAUAAAACGCUGGAGGAAGACUCCCUCCCUCAAGAAAUGGAAGAGAAAAAGGAGGUCGAACACGAUCCUUCUCUCGAACAAAAAGAGGAAAAUCUAUUCCCUCCAGCAGAAAAGGAAAUGCAAAUGGCCUGCCAUCCCGAAGGAAUGAUUCAGGAAGAUGAAAACAAAAUCCAGGAGGCACGAAAUGAUGAGAAUACACAUGCUGUGCCAAUGACUCAUAAUGAACAGGAAAACGUUGCCUCGACUGGUACCCAGAAAAGAACGCGACCUGUCAAGUGUGGACCUUUAAAACGUGGUAGAGGUAAAACCUUCACGUUUCGCUGUGCUAAAGGCCUCGACUUUGGACAGAUCAUUGGAAAAGGAGGAAAGUUCACCAAACUGGCCAAGGAGGACCAUGGAGUCAUUCUGAACGUUCGCGAUGAUGGCUCAAGACUGGUUCAACUAACAGGGCCAAAGAUGAAUGUCGAUAAGGUCUACCGAGAAAUUAAAUUCAGGGUUGACAAGACUUUCGACUUAAGUGAACUACCCCAGGUAACAAAAGGGCUCUUUGCAGUUGGAAAGGAAGAGUUCAUCGUCAUUGUUGGAAAGGAGUUCAAGGAGGCCUUGUUGGGCCCAAAGAACAUAAACCUUCAGAGGUUGUUCAGGCAACUGAAAGUGAGUAUCUACCUCCCUGACGAUGAUGACGACCACGAGUACAUCGGAAUGUUUGGCCCCCUGGAGCAAGCAAAGGAAGCCUACAGAGUAAUUUUGGCCAUGAUGGAGGACAUCAAGAACUGGCCAAAAGAAGAGGAGUUGAAACUCGUUGGCUUGAAUUGCUAUGAGUUCUGCUUACCACCAAAGGGCAGAGCUUUUCUCAAAGGCCUUUACAGACAGCUGGACAAAGAAAUCAGCCACCUGUACGAUGUGAAACUCAUUCUCCCCCAGAGAAAGGACAAGAAGGAAGCGGCCUAUUUAGGGGGAGACAUGAAACAAGUGGCCCGGGCCUAUCAACACGUCCAGGAAGUCCUUCAGGAGCUCAAGUUGGACAGUUCCAAUAUCACAACUGAAGGACUGAAGAGAAUUGAUGCAGGAAGAUAUCAAUUCGAGGUCAACGCCCAACUAAAGGGACUGGUGGUUGGGUCAAAAGGACAGAAUUUGAUGAAAAUUGAAAAGAAGCACAGUGUAAGGAUAACGAUGCACGCGAAAACAGAGAACUACAUAACCAUAAACGGUCAUUUGGACGACGUCCAAGAAGCGUGCCGCGACAUAAAGGAGAUUACGGAGCCAGCAAGAGAGCGGAAAGGAGGGAAUUUCCAACCGGUGGAACUCCUCCCAGGGCUGACGAAGAUUGGGAAUCGCCAGUACAUGACAGUCCUCAACAGGCAGGAGAUAGCCAUUGUCAUCGGCAAAAGAGGCCAGACCAUCAAAAAGGUCACUUCCAAACACAAUGUCUACUUCCAUGGACCAAAGAGGAAUGAGAGUACAGACAAAUGCACGAUCACAGGGGACGAAAAGGAUGUAAUUUCCUUCUAUAACGAAGUCCAAGAUAUCCUGAAGAAGAAACAAGACGAGAGGAGCAAUGACUGGGGAAACAGAGGGCAUCCCAGACCUCUCGUCCUAGGAGAUUUCUUCUAA